AUGGCCUUGCUGGAACUGCCCCCGGAGACCAUUCUUGCAAUUUCCGAUCAACUCGAUGAUGAGUGGUCUCUGAAUUCGCUGCUUCGAACCUGCAAAGGGUUGUAUCGUCUACUCAAUGACUCGCUCUACAGGCACAACGUGGUGUUUUCAAAAGCGUCGUCGCUUGAAUGGUCCGCGCACAACAACGCUGAGCAGACUGCGCGACACGCUCUCAGAGCGGGUGCAAUAUCGGUCAAAAAGGACUGGGAAUCUAGCCUAGUCUUUGCCGCUUACGCUGGAUAUGCACCUAUCGUUCAAGUGAUGAUUGAUCACGGUGUCAACCCUCAUUGCACAACGUACACCAGAGAGUUCGAUAUCAACAAGAGUGACUUAAUCCAGUGGAGGUGUUUCUGGAGGAAUUGUGUUCCAUGGAAUGAGAUGGGUAUUUGUGAUAGCCCGAUUCUGUUGGCCGCUCUCGCAGGCCAUCUAGACGUUGUGAGGGUGAUAUUGGAUUAUGCAGAUGGAACAACGCGGCCUCUACCGAACAACGAGAUGGGCUCGCCCCUUCACUUAGCUGCCAACCGAGGUCAUAUUGCCCUCGUGAAACACCUCGUCGAGCGUGGUGUACCGAUCGAUCUUUUGCAUUUCGGACAAACAAUGACGCCGCUAUGUGCUGCUGCAAUGAGCGGGAAGACUGAAGUCGUCCGCUACCUGAUAGACCAGGGCGCAGAUAUGGAGUACUUGACAGAUGAUCAUUGGACACCUGUACACUUGGCGGCCCUAUGUGGCUUUCCAGAGACAGUGGACCUGUUCCUGAGUCGAGGAGCUCAAGUCGAUGUUGAGAAUACUUGCAAGGUCGUUGAAUUACUUCUUGCUCUUGGCUUCUUGGGACAUGUGGCUAUAGCGGAGAAGUUGAGGAAGGCGAUGGACCUGGAGUCGAUCGCCACCUCUGGAGAUGCCGAAGAUGACGCCCGACGAAUGCUUUUCCUCGCUGCGGCUGCUUGUGGCUGGGAAGAUCUCGUAAAGCUGCUUCUAAAAAGAGGUGUGCCCGCGAACGCCACAGUGCCCAAAUCAGCGCUUCCAUUGCAGCUGAUCGGUAUGGGGUCAUUGCCUUUAAGGCCUUGGAGACGACAGCCGAGGGGAUAUGUCGACGUUAGAAAGACCCUAUCCGCUUUAUCUCUGGCGGCAGAACAGAGUCAACUGCACAUUGUCAAGCUCUUAACAAGCAAAUACCCUGAACUUGUCAAUUUCGUACCGACGAACCAAGACAGAGCUCCAUUGAUCUCAGCGGUGCAAGAGGGCAAUAGCGAAAUCGUGAAAGUUUUGUUGACUGCCGGGGCAGACCCAAAUUGCCGAAAGAAGUCAGGGGGAUCACGCGUAUAUCGGGUGUUAGGAACGCCAGUUGUGUUCACUUCAUUCAAAUAUCCAGAUAUCCUGAAGAUGUUACUUGAUGCGGGUGCUGAAUUCUCAGAACCCUUUUUCACAUCCUAUGCCCUCAAUGACAUACUUGCGCGUGGGUUUUCUUGCAAGCUUGAUGGUGAGGUGGCUCAGCGAGCUCUCUCGCGUGCUCUCAGUGAAGCAGAUGUGGAGAUGGUCAAUCUCUUGUACGAAAAAGGCCUCCUCCUCCAUCUCAAACUCAUCAAAUGGCAGCAUUAUGAAGGCCAUGAGAACGGGUCGUAUCAUCCGCUAUCUUUGAUCAGAUCGCGUGAUAGAGACAUGGGCAAAAUCAAAGCAACGAUAGACUCGCUCAUUGCACAUGGCAUUACAGUUGACAGUGGAAGAGGGUUUCCAUGGAGUGCCUUGGAAGAUGCACAUUUUGACAAAAAUCAUAUCCCGUAUCUUGAGCUGCUGCUCGAUCGAGGUGUAGAUUUUAUCUCGGGUGCUGGAACCAAUGCCUGGGUGAACCUGUUUAUCGGUGCAGUCCGACGACGGUGCAGAAAGGAAGCUCGCAUCCUCUUGCAAGGACCGGGACGAGACAAGGUGGCACUUAAACGUCUGGAAUCGGCACUCAGACAAGUUGAAUUUUUAUUCGUAAAGCAUGGCAUCGACGAUAAGGAGGAUAUCACGGCAAUGCUCCGUCGCUUGGUGUGGCGGAGAAAAUAUCAGCAGUCCCUGCAGAUUCCCGCCUGA